ACUACUAUUUUUUAUUAUAUACCUUUUAUUACUAGAAACCUGUAGUAACAGCAACCCUUGUUAUAAUGGAGGGACGUGUGGUCUCGUAAACAACCGUCACCAGUGCGCAUGUCGUGUGGGGACAACGGGUAAACUCUGCGAAGCGGGUUAUGGUAGUAACAUCACAUGUGGUGAGAACUUCAUGGAGAUCGAGUUGGACAGAACCGUGUACAGCACUGACCCCCAGGACUAUCAUCUGAGGCACAAGGAGUGUCGAGGCCGAGUGCAGGGUGACGCCAUGGUGCUGAGGACACGUCUGGACGACUGCGGUACGACUCACCAGCAGACCAGCAACACCAUCACCUACACCAACGUGGUCAGCACGUGCUACAAGGAAGAGGACGACCACAACUCAUCUGGAAUAACAAGAGCACGGAAUUUUCACUUUCCGUUCACUUGCUCCUACGGACGAAGACAAACCGUCAGUAGCUCAAGCUACAGCCACGUAGGGAGCUUUAUGGCGUCUGAAGGCUCGUACGGCAACUUCACGUUCAAGAUGGCUCUCUAUCGUAACCAAAGUUACAGCUCAUUAUACGUGUCUCGAGAGUAUCCAAUCAGCAUCGAGCUCAACGAGCCCCUGUACGUGGAGUACAGUGUGACGUCAUCCACAGCGAACCUCGUGGUGUUUGCCGAGACGUGCCGUGCGACCACCACAGGCAACCCGAACACCUUGCCUCAGUACGACUUUGUGAAGGAGGGAUGCGCGGUAGACGACACGAUGACGUAUAACUACACGCUGAACCGAGUGCAGAGGUUCACGAUCCGCUCAUUCCGCUUCAUCGCCAACCACCCCGUGAUCUACCUGCACUGCUUCCUCAUGGUGUGUCACACGAACGCCUCAGACUCACGCUGCCAGAGAGGAUGUGCUCAACCAAUGAGAGCGGGCCGACACAUCGAGUCUGAAAUGCACGACAGCGUGACUGGAAUGCGUAACCGUGUGCGACGUGAUACAGUCGUUGACGGCUCCAUGUUGUAUGAGAUCACACCGGGGCCCAUAAGAAAGAAGGCAGCGGAAGAAAAAGAGAAGAAAAGAGCUUCCACCAAAGGACAGGGUGGUGCCAAUUUGAGCCCCGUACUGGUGGGGGUGGGGGCGACGUUUGGCGGUCUGUUUUUUGUGGUCUGCGCCAUCUUGGUUUUCGUCCUUCACCGGAAGAGAAGCAAACCGGAAGUACCUGUUCAGAUGGGUCAGGUGACCUCCUACGAGCAGAGCGGUGUGACGGAUGACGAGGGACCGGCAAAGUGAUACGUAACAUCCGGGUGUACGUGUACAUACCUAUUGUUCACGUACAUUUAGCGUGUCACGUGACAAGGUGAAUGUAAACAGAAACCUGAAGUGGCAUGUCUUAAGAUAAGUUAGGAUAGUCGCAUGGUGACAGCAGACUGCACAAGGAUUAUUCAUGUUUUGUAUUAAUUGACUUGUAGGUAUCCUUUAACAGGACAAAUAGCAACAUUACAGUUCUAUAAUUGAGAGACAAUAAAGUAAUGAUUACCAAUGAUUAUUGCUUGCAUUAUAUCAUUUUAAAGGCUUUUUAGAGGCAUUCUGAUCAGAAGCAUCAUAGCAGUGACAGCAAUUGUGCCUACUAACAGCGUUGCUGAAUUGAUAGAAAUUCACCUUAGUUUAAAAGAUCAGCUUUUCUCUACACAUUGUUGGAUUAUACAACAACUUUAUUACAAGUCAAAGUUAUAUCUAAAGGUUUAAAUUGUUAGAAAGUACAUCAAAGUGAACAAAAUCACCUUAUUUUAGCAAAUAAAAGUUUAUUGACCAUCAUUUAAUAAAAUCAUCAUUUACUAAAUAUUA